UAGUACCAUGGAUGAGGAGUACUUAGUUAUUCACUGAUAAAGGAUUUUUUUUUUUACGCCUGAGGAUCGAAAGGUUAUAUCAGGAUGGUUGUUAGAUUACCAUGGUUGGAUAUAUGAUGGAGAUAGGCCUAUGAUUGCACAAGUCGAUCUCUGUUAUGGGUACAACAAAGAUAAAGGGUGUGAACUAUGGAAGCAGCCUCAGUGCAGGAAUGGAUACCAAAAGUUUGAUGAAAGAUCUGGGCAUUUUAAUGACAGCGAUAAAGCAUCGUUUUAUGAUGGAAAUACAAGCAUUGGUCUCAGUGAUUGUAGAGAGAAGUGCUGGAAUGUUUGUGAUUGCAUUGGCUUUAUGGCUGAUAUUGGUGGGACUGGAUGUCUGUUUUGGACAAAAGAUUUGGAGUUCAUUCAAGAUUAUGCCGGUUCUUCAGCGAGGCAUUAUGUUCUUAGUUCAGAUCAGCCACCGCCACACAACAGAGGGAAGCAUAUAUGGAUUCCCAUUGCUGUGCCCAUUGCAAUAUUUGUUAUGCUUGUCUUUGGGAUCUUGUGCUACACGAAACAGAGAAAAAUUAGACUGCUUGGGAAGUAUGAAACAAGGAACACGAAAGAUCUAAUUGAAUUAAUGACACCCAAUGGGUACACGGUCACAAAUGAACUCGAACUUGAUGGGAACCAGAGCAAUGAUUUAAAAAUAUUUAGUUUUGGAAGCAUCAUUGCUGCUACAAAUAGCUUCUCAUUGGAAAACAAGCUUGGGGAAGGCGGCUUUGGACCUGUUUACAAGGGAAGGUUGACCAAUAGCAGAGAAAUUGCAGUAAAGCGAUUGUCAAGAACGUCAGGACAAGGAGUAGUGGAGUUCAAGAAUGAGCUCAUACUCAUUGCCAAACUCCAACAUGUGAAUCUAGUCCGUCUUGUGGGAUGUUGCAUUCAAGGAGAUGAAAAGAUGUUAAUCUAUGAGUAUAUGGUCAACAAAAGCCUGGACUCCUUCCUGUUUGAUCCUUCUCAGAAGGAGAAAUUAACUUGGGAGAAACGUUUUGUCAUCAUCGAAGGGAUAGCUCAAGGACUACUUUACCUCCACCAAUACUCAAGGUUGAAGAUAAUUCAUAGAGAUUUGAAAGCCAGCAACAUAUUACUUGAUGGCAACAUGAACCCUAAAAUUUCCGAUUUUGGCAUGGCAAGAAUUUUCAAGCAGAAUGUGUUGGAAGUGAAUACGGAAAGGAUUGUUGGAACAUACGGUUACAUGGCUCCUGAAUAUGCUAUGGAGGGUAUUUUCUCUGUUAAAUCUGAUAUCUUCAGUUUUGGAGUUUUAAUGCUUGAAAUAGUGACCGGUCGAAAGAACAACAGCUUCUACCAUGUUGAUGAGCCACUCAACCUAGUAGGAUAUGCAUGGGAUUUGUGGAACAAAAAUGCUGCUCUAGAGCUUAUAGAUCCAAUGCUAAGCGAUUCAUCUAUACAACAAGAAGUGUUGAGAUGCAUUCAAGUGGGUCUCUUAUGUGUAGAAGAUUGUGCAGUCGAUAGACCAACCAUGUCAGACGUUAUUUCCAUGUUAAUCGAUGACAACAUAGCUUUGCCAAUGCCCAAGAAACCAGCAUUUGUCUCUAGAAUUGGUGUAGCUGAGGAAAAUUCAAACAAAAGCAAGUUGGGAAAAUAUUCAGUGAAUGGGCUUUCUAUUUCUGCAAUGGAUGCAAGAUAGAGGUAUGGCUCACCAUGAUAUCACUUAAGAGAAAUUAUAUAUUUGUUGUUCAGUAAAAGAUAAAUUGGACGCUCAACUUUGAAAAAAAGUUAGCGCAUAAGAAGAAAUAGGGAAAAUACUUUGUAAUGGGUUUUGAAGGAUUUUGUAAAAACUUGUAGAAUCUAACUUUGGAAAUAAAUAAAGA